AUGAGCGAGGCUCGAUCGGCGGACGAUGACGAUGAUUCCGAGGACGACAGUCUUUUUUGGGCUGUGCCGCCGCAAAAGUCCUCUGAGAGAAGCCAGAAGUCAAGCUUGAAGACAAACGCUCGUCCUGCGCUUGCACGUUUGAGCAUAGAUGGCACUCCUUCGAUCAGUUCGUCUUCAGCCACUCCUCAAAAUCCUGAUACGUCAAAGCAGCCUCCGCCGAAUUUCCCUGCCCCGCCAAGUUACAUUCCUCCUCCUCCACCUCUGUCUCGCCGUACGAAUCCACGAUCUGCCAACGCAACACGCAAACCGCAGGCUGACCGGACAAGCAGGUUCGACCGUGACGAUGAUACUUGGGCACCACGGCCGCCACCAGAAGAUGUGUACGACCGGCUCGAUCAAUUCUUCCCGGAGCAUGAUCUCGACCAUCCUGUUAUCGAGAUGCCCUCUGGAGGGUCCUCUCCCACGUCUACUGAUAAUCCUGCUCCUGCGCCUCAUCGAUCACGGCAUAAGAAAUCCAUUCGUGUUGUGGCAGAAGAGCGGAAGAAUUGGAUUGAUCGCAAUUCUCGUCUGCAUAACUCUUCAGGCGGCGCCAAUUUGUGGAAGAGGAAUACGAAGUUGUGGGACAGCAAGCUUGAAGAGGUCACGACACAACUGGCGAAGGCAGAUAUACCCCCGCUUCCACAAGAUACCUCACCUAGCGUGCAGACCAGACCAAUUUUCCGAUGGGUCCGUGGGCAGUUGAUCGGAAAAGGCACGUAUGGGAAAGUGUACCUGGCGCUGAAUGCUACUACUGGUGAUAUGAUUGCUGUGAAGCAAGUAGAGAUGCCUCGCACCGCCAGCGACAAGAGCGAUACUCGUCAGAUUUCUGUGGUUGAAGCUCUCAAACUAGAAAGCGAGACCCUCAAAGACCUUGACCAUCCCAACAUUGUUCAGUAUCUCGGCUUCGAGGAGACGCCAACGUUCUUGAGCAUUUUUUUGGAGUAUGUCCCUGGUGGCUCCAUCGCCAGUUGUCUGCGCAAAUACGGCAGCUUCGAUGAAGAUGUCACGAAGUCGUUUACCGGGCAGAUCUUGGAUGGUCUGGACUACCUCCACAGUAAAGGUAUUCUACAUCGGGACCUCAAAGCGGAUAACAUCCUCGUGGAGACGACUGGUAUCUGCAAGAUCUCUGAUUUCGGUAUUUCAAAACGGACGGAAGACGUUAAUGUGAUCGGGGAGUACACUUCUAUGCAAGGCAGUGUGUUUUGGAUGGCUCCGGAGGUGAUCAACAGUCAGCAAAGAGGAUACAACUCCAAGAUUGACAUUUGGAGCGUCGGUUGCGUUGUAUAUGAGAUGUGGACGGGCGAACGGCCGUGGAACGGGCAAGAAGCGGUUGCGGUUCUUAUACGCUUAUACCAAACGAAAGAAGCACCGCCAGUACCCAACGACAUAUGUCUAUCUCCUCUUGCCGACGAUUUUCGCAGGAAAUGCUUCGCGAUGAACCCCGACGAGCGACCGAGUGCUGCUGAACUACGAAAGCACUCAUACCUUGAACUCCAGCCGGGCUGGACAUUUAAUUCCUUCAAGCAGCCGGAUUGA